GUAUGUAUCCUUGUUCUUAUCUUUGUUCGCAUGAUUGUUAUUUUUGUGUGCUAUUGAAUAUUUGCUAUUCAAAAACUAGCGUCAAGCUAUAAAUUUCACGAAAAAUAGACAGACUAUGACUAAUGUAUCAAUGGAUAUAUGACCAUAGGCGUGACACAACAAAUCAUUCGACGAACUAUACAAAGGCCAUAGCUGUUGCUGACAACGAAAACUAAUAGCAUUACCAAUGCUGGUUGAUAGUGUCGGUAUUAUAUGUGUGGUCAGUGGUAUUAACGCUAGUACAUUUAUUUGUACUUAAAAGUUUUUAAAAAAAAUUUUGACGCAUUUUAAUAUGUAAAACAUCUACCGAUGUACUAAGAGUAGUGGUGUCAUUGUACUUAACUUUAGAGGUGCCCGAAUACAUUCACAGUUGAUAGCCAAUAUGGAUCAAGAAGUCACAGAUUCUGAGACUCUUCAAAACAUCUUAUUUUUACUCAAUGAAACUCAUUAUAAACCAAGAGAAUUUUACAACAUGAUGAUUUCCAAUAAGACAAUAGCUAACUUGCUUGAUUCUGAUGAUGACUUGAUGAACAAUAUGUACAAUGCUCUUUUUCAAUGUUUUGGUAUCAUCAUUACAGGGUAUUUAUCAGGUCGAUUAGGCCUUGUUAGCCAUGCUGCUGGAAUUGGUUUGAACCGGUUUGUUGGAACAUUUGCUUUACCAUCACUGAUUUUUGUUAAUAUGGCUGUGUUAGACUUGUCAUCUGUAAACUUGGUGUUUCUUGGAUCACUUCUGGUUUCAAAAACAUUUGUCUUUGUAUCUGUUGCUUUAAUUACAGUCUUAGUUACAAGACCACCAGACAUAGCUAGAGCAGCUUUGUUUGCAAUAUUUUGCACACAAAGCAAUGACUUCGCAAUUGGCGCCCCGAUAUUUGAAGCCCUUUACAGACAUAAACACAGUGAAUUUGUGAACUAUUUGUAUCUAGUAGCCCCCAUUAAUUUGAUUAUUCUUAAUCCAUUUGGUUUUGCCAUGAUGGAGUUAGGACAAGAAUAUGAUCGCCAUGAAACAACUAGACGGUCAGCUUUGAUGGGUAGAAUUUCAAGAAACAUCAUUUGCAAUCCAGUUGUGUUUAUGACAGCUCUUGGAGUAAUAGCUAAUUUAGUUUUUAACCAUAGUCCACCAAAAAUUAUUACAACAUUUCUUGGGACGUUUGGAAAUGCUUUUACAGCAACAGCAUUAUUUUUACUUGGUUUGAAAAUGGUUGGAAAUGUCAACAAACUUAGAGGAGAAGCUUUGAUCUUACCAUUACUUCUUAUUGCUGCUAAGUUGUUAGUAUUACCAUUAGUAAUAAGAGAAAUAACAAGUAUAUUUUUGGGUAAUUUUGGCACAAUUGCCCCUAAUGAUAAACUGGAAUUCACAAUGUUUGGAUUUUUGUAUGGAAUGAUUCCUUCUGCUCCAGCAGUUUUUGUUUACGCGUCUGCCUACAAUUUAGAAAUGGAUUUGAUUGCGAGUUCAAUGGUUUUAUGUGUUUUUUUCUCUGCUCCGAUCAUGUUUUUAACCGCCAAGAUAAUAUCUGUAGCUAAAUUAGAUCCAACUAAUAAUAUUACUGCUCUAAUAAACUAUCAAUUCAAUGUCAGUGUAGUGGCUAUUCCUGCAUCUCUGUGGGUCAUACUAGUCAUGUUGAAAAAGUUAAAAAGUUUUCCUUUUAAAGUGAUUUUUUGUUUGGUUGUAUCUCAGGUAGUGUCAUGCACUGGAGUUUUACUAGAGUAUUUAUCUGAAACUCCCCAAUCGCAUCCUUUAACUUACAUACAACUUAUGCUAAGUAUAGCUGGUGAUAUGAGUUGUUACAUUUGGACAGCAUGUUUAGCCUUUACAUUGCUUAUAAUGCACAAGCCGUUCACUAAUGAUUUUCAGAACAAAAUUCUUUAUUUUUACAUGAUAUUAUCUUGGGGUGUUCCAAUAUUAUUAGUGACCAUUUUGAUGUUAACUUGCCAACCGCCAAAAUUCAUCAAAUCUGAUUUCGAUCAAAAUUAUGUGUAUGGUGUACCAGAAGCAGCAAUGCUAACAUCAGUUCUUCUUAUGUCCAUUAUCUGUAUAGUUGUUUGUUUAGUAUUAUACCAACGACGGAAGUAUAGAAAUCAUGCUGUUUAUUCUGAAACAAUAAAUGAAAUUACACCAAGUACAUCAAAACAAAACUCGGAGUCACAUAGCAUUGAAACAGAAGAUUUAAAAGAAGGUCUUCUGUAUAAUAAACGUCAAACUUAUGCAACAAUUGAAGAUAUUGAACACAUCCAACACUUUUUGUUACUUGUGGCUCAAGCAGUUUCUAUGUUUGUUACAUUUUCUGUGGCGAUUUGGAGAAUAUUUGGCGAUACAAAUGGAUUAUACCUUGAAUUGGCUUAUUGUGAGACAUCAUUAUUAAAAGGGCAAUCAAUUUUCACAUUAUUAAUAUAUGGUCUUAACUACCAAAUGAUCAAUAGGCCUGUUGUCAGAGCUUGGAACAAAUUCUGGUGGGGUGGAUCUCCUAUAGAGUUACCAUUAUGGGAAGAACUACCAUAUGAUACGAGGAAAAUAUGUGAUAAUUUUGUGUGUAAGCAUAGAGAAAAAUGUUUAGCAGAGAUUACUCACCUUACUAGGUGGAAGUUAUGGAAGUAUAAGAAAACUUUUACAGGUUCUGAACUUAUAACGUGGUUAGUAGAAAACAACAUUUGUCAAGAUAGAGAUGAUGCAUUAACUUAUGCUAUUAAGCUUUGGAAUGGUCAAAUUUUAAGGCAUUUAAAUUGUUCAGAAAGUUUUCAAGAUUCAAGUGAUAUUUUAUAUACAUUUAAUCGUCGUUAAUAUUAUUUAAACAUAUUCCUAGCAGCUUUAUCCUAAUUAUACUUAAAUAUUUUCAUCGUGAUAAAUAAUCUUUAAGAGUGAGAAAAUUGUCAUGUUAAUUUUAUUGGUGUAUUUUAAUCCAAAAA